GCUGGUGUGCAGUGUAUGUGAAAAGGGCUGUCUCUAAGGGUGUUCUGUCAUACCGAUGCACGUCUACUCAGCAGUGUCACAGUGCUGCCCAAACAUGUCGGGCCAAAUUCACUGCUGCUUGCUAACAGUGUUCGUUUUAUAAAAUAGCUAAGGCUUUUAUCCUCAUUCUAUGGGUGACUCUGCAAAAGGCAGGCUACGUCACCCACAAACGAAUGUCCUUCGUUUAAAAGGACUUUCAUGCGCGUGCAGUUUGAGAAUCAUGAGGAAUGGGUGUAAGUCUAAUGGCACGUGAUCUUGAAGAAUCCAUAACGACAAAGCAUGACGGACAACGCGGAUGCAGUCUUUGUCCUCUCUUUUGUAUAAUAUAUAGUCCAAGUUUAGGCUUCUCUGGUCAUGGUAAACUACGGGUUCGUUCGUGUUUAUGGGUCAUUUCUGGUCAUCAGCAACAUCCUGCAUGUACUCAGCACCUUUGAUGGUUGGUACCUAAGUUAACAGAGGGGAAGGACAUUGUUUGAUUUGUUGAAAAAUGACUUAUUUUGUCUUGUCACUCGGGAUCACCGUUUUUGUACUCCAGUACAAUAUGCGUGGCGCUGGAAUAACGUCGACACGAAUAUAUGUACCUUUACUGACAUUUCCGACGCGGACGUCUUAUGUUCGAGAAGAAAGUAGUAUCACAAAUCGAUCGGAAGCAAAUAGCCAAAAAUAUGAACAUCGUUCCAUAGUACCCAUACGAGUUCUUGAAGACAAUUGAGGAGUCGUAUAGACAGAACUCGACAUGCUUAUUUGCGUCCGUCCCAGUUACUUGCUAGCCUCGGGACUUCCAUUAUGGAUUCCGAUCCGUAAACUGAAUCAAUGCAAACGAGCAAGUACGGAAACGAAACGAAGCAAAGCCUCCGAAAAGUGGAGAAUGCUCAACUGAAUGAGAUUUAAGCACAAUUGACGUCCUGAAUCUUGCCGUGGAAGGAAACGUAAUGCUGCCUGUCAACCUGUACUGCCAGUUCAGAAAUGAUGCAAACUGUGAAAAACUUUGGGACGAAACGCGAGGACCUUGUGAGAGGCACGGAGCCUCGCACGCACAAGCCUUGAAAGCGUGCAAGACAUUGUUCGAGAGUGGUAGAAAGUGUAUACGCCACAGUCAACAAAUGUCUUGAUACCGGCCUCGGUGGCUCAGUUGGUAGCGUGUUCGCCUUCUGAUCCCGAGGUCGCAGGUUCGAACCCGGCCGAGGAUGCCAGCAACUUUGCGGGUGCGGGGUACAAGUUGUUUAGGCACGCUGUCUUCCGCGAGGGACGCUAAAUACGGGGUGCCGUGUGAUGAGCUUUCAUCGCACGUUAAAGAACCCUCAGGUUGGCAAAAGCAAUCCACAGACCGACCGCUGUGGCGUCGCUCAUGAUCUCAGUUGUCUUGCGACGUAAACCCCCAAUUAUUAUUAAAAAUGUCUCGAUGCUGUUAUAUACUACAGUUGUGUUAUAUUACAAAGGCACGACGACGUGACGCGGAAAAAGUGGAAGGGGAUAGCCUCGCCUUCAUGACUCUUCAAUAGGGUUCGAAGCGUAGAGUUCACGUUACUGCAACAGUCCUGUGAUAUUCCACAUCAACUCCUUGCUGCCUAGUUUUGAGUUGCCGUUAUCUGUCAUCGCAUUAUUUUGAAUCGGCAUAUCUUAGAACUACAUGGAAUAAGUAACUACAUGGAGUAAUAAUAAUUUACAAGUAGUAUCUUCUGUUAGGCAAUAAUUUUGUUCAAGACUGUCAACAGGAGUACUUCUUGGCACGAGGAGAUUCAAAUUAGACAUCGUCGCACAGGUCACGUGUGCCUGCGCCUCUUACCGCGUGCAACAGUUCUUGUUCGCAUGCCAGUACAUUCCUAAAGGACGAACUAGUCCGCGUUCCGUGCAGCUGUGUUGCUGCUGUCUUCUUCUCGGCCACAAUGUCCAGCCCUGACCACAAGAGUGAAGGCAGGAUGACAGGAAAAGACAAAGCACUGGUGGAGAAACGGAAGACAUCGGCCAAGAUGUUGGUCAGCAUGUUCCCAAAGGUUCCCAAGACUGCUACAGUGUUGCUAGAGUUCUUCAUAAAGCGCGAGAGCAACACCUCCUUGCAGCGCGAUCCCCUGGCUCACUUCUGCCAGGAGGAAGUAGUGCUUCACGCCCAGGAGUGCCUGCUCAGGCUCAACAAGCAGGUCAUCGAUUAUCAGGAUGUACGAGACAUGAUCGAGAACCUUCAUGCCCUGCACAUGAUGUGUACGAAAAAGAACCCGGAUAACGCGAAAGCCCUGGGCCACAUUAUCCGAAAGCUGAUUAUCAUCAUCGGUGAACUGGCCGCGACCCUGGAGAAGAUUGCUGAAGUACCUAUCACAGACUGGCUAGGGAUCGGUGAUGCUAUAGUGAACAAACUGGAAAGGAUAUCAUUUCCCGAACAGCCCCCGUUUUCAUCGUUUAUACCGAAGAUGAGAGACUUCGAGAGCCUCAAGUUGUUGGGAGCUGGUGGCUUCGGUGCGGUGUACUUGGCGAGGUUCAAGCCUGGUAAUUUCAACUCUACCGUGAAACUGGUGGCUACGGAUCGAUUCAGCAAGUUUAAGCAGGCGGCCAUGGACAAGGUGGUGGCGUCUGUUAUCAGGAACCCAUUUCUGGUCAAGUACUACUGCUGUUUUUGCGUGAAGGAGGCCUAUGUUACCAUCAUGGAAUACAUUCCUGGCGUGGACCUUAUGCGUGUGGUAACCAAGGACCAGUUCCUGGAAAUCGACGCCGUCCAGAUAAUAAUGGCCCAGCUCAUCCUGGCCCUGGAGCAUUUGCACCUGCGAGGAUUUCUGCAUCGGGAUAUCAAGGUUUCAAACAUGCUCAUUAUGCCUGGCGGACGUGUGAAGGUCAUCGACUUCGACACCACUAAGAUAUGCAACGCGCACUUUUCAAAGAGGCCAUUGCGGGGCUACUUCAGACGAACCCCAUUCGAGUUCAACGACGGUGAAUCUGCAGGAACGAUCCCCUACAUGGCUCCGGAAAUACUCAAGCGAAGACCUUACGGGCGUGCUGUAGACUGGUGGUCUUCCGGGAUCGUCAUGUAUAAAAUGAUGACCGGCCGCGUCCCAUUCCGAGGGAAGACUAAGCAAACCCUUCGUGACAAGAUCGUUUCUUCUCCGCUCAAGUGGCCGCGUCGCGACGAGCACCCGCACUCGGCUACCACACCUGCCAAGGAUAUGGCCUACAGGAUGCUGAAGAAGAAUCCGGUUCAGCGCCUGGGAUCCAAGAACUACGACGACCUCAAGACACAUCAGUUCUUCGACGGCUUCGACUGGAAUCAGUUGUACCAGAAGAAGGAAUUGUGUGACAUUCCGUCCAUCCAGGAACUGAUCAAGGAAGACGCUGAUCGCGAUCUGUCAAUAAAUCCCGACUCUGAUGACAGACGUGAGCAUCAGCAGAUCGAAGAAAUGACCGACAUCAGUGGCGAGAGUCAGAAGCCGCUGCUUUGCUUUGUUUCUCCAUCUUUCAAGAAACUCAUGACCAUGGUGAAGGUGAGCGGGACUCAAGUCAAUGCCACAAAGAUAUUCAUGGAGAUGAGCGGUGAAAAAUCCUCCGGAGUCGACUACAAUUUUCACAAACCAGGUCACUCCGUCAAGGCUAGUGGUAUGGACGACAGGGUCAGCCGAAGGUCACUAGCCGAAAAGAUUGAUAUCAUCAUCUACCGGAAGAAGAAACUAUUCAGGUACUGGGGCUAUGGCUUCACUCUGCGCGUCAUAACGGGAGAAGACAGCAGCGACUUCAUCUACGUCGAGACGGUGACGCGAAACGGUCCCGCGGACAGAGCGCAGCUGCUUCCUCUGGACGUGAUCAUGUUUGUGAACGGUACUUCAGUGGCAGACCUGUCUUUGGAGAAAGUGCGCGACAUGAUCCACAACACCACGGAUCAGAUGGUCGUUUCUGUGAUGGCAUCGAGCGUCUACCGCAUGUUGACCACUAGACAGGACAUGCUAUCCAUCCUACGCACAGUGCCCAGGGACAGCGUCGUUCUGCAGGGCGGCGGUAGUUACACCUGCGGAGGGAGCAACCCGUACGGUCUGGGGAUCAUCGACGCCAGCACCUGGGACGAGCGAGACAAGAAGACUGUCAAAGUCUACGUCCUUUCGCGCGUGGACACAGCGCCCACUAACAACAAGCUGUUGUUUCCGGGGGAUGUCGUGACGCAGGUGGACGGAAUACGGCUCGACAGUGGCACCAUUCAAAACAUCCUUCAGGUCAUCUAUCUUGGCGAGAAGGACCUCACUCUCAAUAUCAUUCCAAUAUCCCCAUUCCGACAGAACCCAAUCCUCCUUAACAAGCUGCGGGAGACAGCAAUGUCUGACGCUCUACUCCCCAGCAAGUCUACUCCCGCUCAAAUUGAAAAGGAGUUCGAAGAAACGAGCCAAGAACAGUAUACAUAAACAAUGAACACGUAAUUAUGAACACUUGAAACUAUGAAGCAAUAAAUGAUUCGGUAUCAUUA